AUGAAAAGUGUUGAGACGCAAUCGGACCCUCUGCCAGCUCUUUUGCCUUCCCUGCUAACCGAGUGGCUCGUCCCUUAUGCUCAGACCAUCGCACACGAUUGCUUCGCGCUUUUUGCCUUUAAAGGCAGAAACGCGCGCCGCAGAAAAGCAAUCGUACUCGAUGUCCAUAGCACCCCUGGUGCUUUAAAAGAAAUGCGCAGGAUGUGGUUUAAUUUCACCCCGCAGAUCAUUUACAACAACCGCUUCUCUCCUCCCAAACACUAUCACGAGAUGCCUGCUGCAGGACGUAACAUGACAUCUGUUGACUGCCAUGUCUGCCACAUGACCAUAAGCCGCAAGGCAGAUCUUCCCAGACACAUGCGUAUGCACGAUGAACACAAGGAGGCUUUUAUGCACGCAUGUCCAUUCCCUGACUGCAAUUACAAGACCCUCCAAAAGUCCAACCUGCAGACGCACAUCAGGACCCACACCCGUGAACGCUCGAAGACGUGCCCCCACCCUGGGUGCGCGUUUGCCACUACCGAUCCAGCAAGCUUGACGCGUCACCGCAAGCACCUACACGGCUACGAGCCCAAGGCGCGUCGCAACCUCGGGGGCAAAGCUGCUCGACGAUCCGCCGCCGCACCUUACCCAUCUACUCAGUUUAUGAAGCCUGAGGAAGAUAUUCCUGCAUCGCUGGAUCUAAAUGGUCUCGGAGGCCUCAUUCCCUGCGAUGCGCUCUCACCCGCUGAGUCCAGCGACUCCGGCAUCCCCCAGUUUUCGGGCGAGUUCACCGAACUCUCCUGGGAGCGACUCUUCCCCAAUUUUCCUGCCGAGAGCUUCACCUCCGUUUACGAACAGCCCUCUCAGCUCCCCACCCCCACCUUCAACUACCUCCAACCAUCAACUGUCCCUGUCGAUCUCUCCGCCUCCCGCAUGCCGCAGUUCGACCCGAAGCUGGAUCCCGAUGUCAACUCUCAGCAGUCCAUUCCCGCCUUCGACGUGGACUUUCAAUACCAGCCUGUCUCCGGGAACGAUCUGAACUCUGCAUCAGCUGAACUAGAGGAGUUUUUACAGACAUAUGGCUCUGGGUACUUUGAAGGUCGCUGUGAGUACCCGGACAGUGCAACAUAUUCCAUGUCCUAG